CAGAUCAUGGCAAUUGGAACCUUAGCUUUAUGCUACAACAACAUUGAAGUCUUCCGAGGGGUAGUGAAAAUGAGACGAGGUCUGACUGCCAAAGUCAUUGACAGAACUAGAACAAUGUCCGACGUGUAUGGCGCUUUCUUCGAUUUUUCUUGUAUGCUGAAGUCCAAGGUUGACAAGAAUGAUCCCAAUGCUACAAAAACAUUAAGCAGGAUAGAGGCAGUUCAGAAAGUUUGCAGGAACUUUGGAACCCUGGACAAGAGGAGAUCUUACAUGGUCAGCGAGCCAAGAUCCAAUUCAGCUCUGGUUCUUCUAUUAUUCGUUAUCCUGGCUAUCCUUUUUGCAUAUCUGGCUGCAAGAAAUCGCCUAGAUAAUAUUUGAUUUGCUGCUGGGAGAACCUCAGGAUCUGGUUAUUCAGAACUAAUUUCGUCAAGCUCAUGCUUAAGUACACUAUUAUAAUCGUAAUCCUAAACUGUUUGCAGAAAAAACAUUACAUGAGUGUGUAUGCGGUUUCUGUAGCUUGCAAGGCCAACAAAUUCUUCUCAUCGAAAGUUUGACGACUCAAUAGAAGAACAAGAUGAGCCGACUUUUUGACUCCAUUUCUACUUUGUCACGAACGUGGGAAUUUGUCCAGGUAACCAAAUUGAAAUAUUGUGAAGUAACACUGUAAUAUGUAGCUUGCACUUCUUUCUCUUAUCUUUCUAUAUAGUUUCAUAAAAUUGCAAGGAGCUACUUGAUGGUGAACCUCAGUCCAUAUUAUUGUUUCAUUUGAUCCUUUCCCAAACAUCGUAAG